ACGGUUAAUUAGAUUGGACAAGUGCUCUGAAAUUGACCAAUCAAAAUUAGUUUACCAGAAAUUCUAUUCUGUUUCAAUAUGGCUGAACUUCAGAAACGAUUGCAGAGCGAUAUUGAAAAAUAUGACGCAUUCCAGAAAGACUUGCAGAAACAUAUUUCACAAAGACAACAACUUGAAGGACAGUUGACAGAAAACACUUUAGUGAAAGAGGAGCUUGACAGAUUAGAAAAAGAUGCUAGUGUUUAUAAAAUGAUUGGACCUGUUCUAGUCAAACAAAAUUUAGAUGAGUCAAAGUCAAAUGUACAAAAAAGAAUAGACUAUAUUGCUGAUCUUGUAAAAAGACAUGAAGAAUCGAUCAAAGAUUUAGAAAAGAAACAAGACACAUGUAAAGAAGGAAUAAAUAAAUUACAACAACAGUUUCAACAGGCUCAAGUUAAGGCUGCUGCUGUUAAAUAAACUCUUUGGCAGGCGGCUGCUGAUAAAUAAACUCUGUCAGGCUUUUGUGAGAUAACAUCCAUAAACAUUUAUUAAAAAUUUCUGAUCUGA